AUGGUGCGAAUCUAUUGUCAAGGGGUGGAGUUACCAUCAAGUCCCAUCUCAUUGCACGUUCUAUCACCGGAAGAAUCACGAGCCGCUUCACGAGGAAUCUCGAACACCUCGCGUGACGAAGUCGUACCAGAAUCACGUGCAGACGUUGUUCAGACUAAUAGUGACGGCAACGACGUGCUUCAAAAAUCCGACUCCGGAUCGGACGUCGACAUCUCCCACAAGUCUUUCGCGCAGCGACGCCUACACAUCAUCAAGCAGUUAGAGACCCAGAACGGUUCGGUCAAAAAAGAAUCUACGAGAAGAACGCGAUCUUCCAACGAGCAACUGCUGAAAGCAGGCAAAAAUAGCGGAAAGAUAAACGCUCACGGAGAUUGUGCAGCCGGAUCGGUCCAAGUGGAUGCCGUCUCACCAAGCGGUCGAGUUCAACCGUGCAUGGUGACAAAACGUGCUAAUUCCUAUACUGCCAGUUUUACACCACAGCAAGUUGGUUUGUGGAAAAUUGGCAUCCUAUACGAAGGAGAGCACAUUCGCGGGAGCCCCUUCUCCUGUCAGGUAUUCGACGCUGGAUUGGUGGAAGUGUAUGGUUUAGACGUUGGAUUAGUUGGCCAGGAGUUACGGUUCAACGUUAACGCUAGUGAGGCUGGUCGAGGAACUUUAGAGGUCAGUGUACUGCGCCACGGUCGUCUUAUCCCAUCAAUCGUCAAAGAGGAAGCGCCUCAGCAGUAUCGGGUUAAUUUUGUACCCGACGGUGCAGGACAGUACAAAAUCCACGUGCUGUUCAACAGAAUGGAAGUAAAAGGUUCACCAUUCAUUCUGGAUAUCGCCGACGCAUCAGCUGUAUCUGUAUUUGGUGAGCAGCUUCGUGGUGCUUCCGUGGGUCGACCGGCCUCUUUUAUGAUCCAUGCAGCUGCGGCUGGACCGAACGAUAUCACUGUUGAAAUCACAGGCAUGAUACUUUUUCUGGAACUAUCCUGGACUCGUAGUCUUGUGCUUCCAGGAGAGCACAGUGUUGACGUUCGUAUUUUCGAUCAAAGUGUACAGGAUUCGCCAUUCGCGUGCAACGUAGGAGCACCAGAGAAGGUUGCGGUGCGAGCCGUACCCAGGCGAAUAUUGACCAAAGAUCUGCACACAGAACACAGCUUUGAAAUUGACGCCUCAUCGGCGGGUUCGGGAAACUUGGAGAUUAUGAUCAACGGCGGACGUGUGCCAUGUCGUGUGAAGGAAAUAGUGAAUCGACAGUACAAAGCUGUCUUCACACCUACACAAAGUAUAACUCACACUAUUGAAAUGAGAUUUAAUGGUGAAGAAGUUGCUGGCAGUCCAUGGCACAUACCUGUUGAAGAUCGACCCGAAAGGCAAUAUGAGACACGUACCACAUCCUAUUAUUCGGAACUCUCUGGUGCUGGAUUGGUACGAGCGCCAAUCAAUAAAAUAGCUUCCUUCGAAAUCACUGGUGAAGGACUAGAUACGAGCGACAUUCAGGCUAAAAUUUACGGUAAUCUUUGA